UCUCCCUCCCUCUGUCUCGCUCCCUCUGUCUCUCACUCCAUUCCUCUGGGCUCUGCAUACUUCUUGCUUCUUCUCACAAGUCACAUUGUGUUUGUAAGUACGCGCUGAAUGUCUCCCUGUGUAUGCUUGGGUUUCCUUAAGUCUUUUUCUAUGUUUGAGUGACUGCUUGCCUACUUGAGUGUGACUGAGUGGAGCAGUGAGCUGUAUUAAGUGUAUGUGGGUCUCUGUCUCACCCUCACACACUCGCCGCUCCUCUUGCAACUCUUCUUGGGAUCUCCGGAUCCCUUUCCUCGGUGGCAGGCUCCCCACACUAAACAGUCACCAUUUCCGCCCCCGGGAGACCCACGCUGGCUGCGCAGCCCCUUCCCCGACUCAGCAUCGGGAGGAAGACCCUGGUGGCGGCUGCUGUGGGGGUUAUGCUGGUCUUGGUGCUGGUGGUACUCAUCCCUGUGCUUGUCAGCUCCGUGAGUACAGAUGCCAGCCACUACGAGAUGCUGGGCACCUGUCGUAUGGUGUGCGACCCUUACUUAAACAAGGGCACUCCGGCCAGCAGCACCAGCUCCACUGGUCUGCAGGGUGAGGCAGAGGCACUGACUGACCACAGCAAUGUUCUUCCACCGUCCACCCUGCAGCAGGGCCCACAGGGAAAGCCUGGCAGGCCAGGAAAGCCCGGACCGCCUGGACCACCUGGACCGCCCGGACCGCCUGGUGAACCUGGGCCACCAGGACCAGCUGGGCCCCCAGGUGACAGAGGGGAUCAUGGAAGGACUGGGAUUUUGGGUCUGGGGGGUAAUGGAGCUAUCAGCACAGCCACCUACAGCACAGUGCCCCGGGUGGCCUUCUAUGCCGGGCUUAAAAACCCCCAUGAAGGUUAUGAGAUCCUAAAGUUUGACGACGUGGUCACCAACCUUGGCAACAACUACGAUGGCAUUUCGGGCAAGUUCAUCUGCAGCAUACCGGGUACAUACUUCUUCAUCUACCAUGUGCUGAUGAGAGGAGGGGAUGGCACAAGCAUGUGGGCAGACCUCUGCAAGAACGGUCAGGUUCGUGCCAGUGCCAUUGCCCAAGACGCUGACCAGAACUAUGACUACGCCUCAAACAGUGUCAUCCUCCAUCUGGACGCUGGCGAUGAGGUGUACAUCAAACUAGACGGAGGCAAAGCCCACGGCGGCAACAACAAUAAGUACAGCACCUUCUCUGGCUUCAUCCUCUAUGCAGACUGAGAACAAACAGACACAGAGACUGUCAAAACGGAAGAUACUCAGAGAGUUUCAUGACAAAACGGGGGUAAAAGGGGGGAGGCUUUGUGUGUGUUAAAAAAAGCCAGAAUGCUUUCUAGUUUUCCUAAUUCUCUCCAUCAUCGCAGUCACCUCUGCUUCAUAUCCAUCAGCCAAGACAUCCAGGCUCCCGCGGCCAAAUCGGGAUGGAAAGCUCCCCGAGGACACACUGAGACCAGCUAGCAGGUGGCGUGGGAGGAGUGGGAUGUUAGAUGGGCUGGUUUUCCGCACCCCUUGCCACAUUACCGAUGUGUCAGAAGCUCCUCACUUACAGUGUCUCUCCUCUUUAGCCCUGCUCCAUUGCACAGAGAUAUCAACAGAAACGACAACCCUGCAAAAGUGGAUGAUUUCACCUCUUUACUCCACAGCGGCAGCAGUCAGCUGUCCCUUCAGAGGACUGGACUGACUGGAACUUGUAGUGUUGUUCCGUGCAAAUUAACCUAGAUUGUGUUUUUAUUUUGUUGAUAUGCAUACUAUUCUGCACAAAAGAGAUUUAGAAAAAAAAAAAGGAAUAUAUUUGUCCCAUGUGAAGAUAUCAUGUUUGAAUGAGAGAUGUUAUUUGUGAUGCAUAUAAGAGAUCUAACAGCUGGAAAAAGAAAUAUUUAAAUGAAGACUUUAAGUAUUUUAUUGCAGUGGGUGUUUUUCCUUCAUCAUUGGGUAUUACAAGGUAUCUACUGUAUAUUUUAUUCAUGUGGAGAAUAAUUAUACAUUCUGCACUUCCAAUAUAUAUGGAAAAGGUAACAUCUCGUAUAGAUAAUGCCCCCUCACACUGUUUCUUGCACUGUCACACAAUGUCCUGCUUCUCUUUGGAUUAAAGCAGACUUUAAAUAAUCCUUUCAUUGUUCUGGCUUCGUGUUGAUGCUCCAAUUGGCACAACAAGCCAUGUGAAGAAGUUAAAUCUUAAGAUUCAGGGGUCGCAUAGCACUGAUCCCUUCCUCUUCUGUGCCAUGCUGAUCUCUAAGCUUUCUUAGGCAGCAACAAAAAAAGAAAGAAGAAAAAAAUAAAUGGCUUUUGAUGCAGAGGGCAGAAGGAAGAGUCCACCAGAUGGGGUGGUAAAGAAGGCGCUGGAGCAGUGUAACAGUGAGUGCGUAAUUUUUCUGUUUCAGUGUUUUUCGCUGGAUGUCAUCCAUUCAUUUGCAGCAUAUACACUGACAUAAAAGCAUUAUGGUAAGAUCUGUUCAACAUAGUGGCCUGACAGCUUGCGUGAGGAUGAAACUGAUUGGAUGGGUGAAUUUGCCUCUCAUGACUGCACGCCUGAGGGGGUGUUCAUGUGUGUGUAUGAAGGGAGUACAUGUGCAUAUCAGUGCGUGUUUGCCUUUUAGCAUGUGCUGCGCCACAACUACUUCAUUUUUCUUUUCCAGAGUUGCAGUAUUCUGUGCAACAACCAAUGGCAGAUAUUUAACUCGGCAGCCAAUGAGAUUGUGCUCUGUAGGGUGGAGCCUCUAUAGAUGCGGAGACAAGAACAAACAGCUUGUAAUUGAAAUCUAUGACUUGUUUAUCUUAUCUUUUGGAACUGUUGAAUACAUUUAAAUAAUAAAUGGGAUUUUUUUUGAGUGACUCGUCUCAAGAGAGUUCUUGAAUCCCAAAUACACUAAUUAGGGAAAAUGAUUUUCAAAGGAUCUCAUUCACUGUGCGAGACUAACUAGCUAAAUCAAAUAUUAUGACUGGAAAAUUGUGUUUUCUUGUUCUGUGAAAGCACAGCAUCUUAAUAAUGGACUCACAGAGCAAACAAUAAUAAUAAAAAAAGAUCCUAUCUCCAGAUCCCUCGUCUAUCUCUUGCCUCAAAGGAGGGAAGUAUAUUUAGGGUGAGGGGCAUCAGGGGAGAGAUGUUUCUGUUUAUCCAACCCAAAAUUAUUCCUGGAGCUUUCCUGCUUGUGGAAAUAAAGGUGCACUUGGAGAUAAUGACCUUCCAACUAUAGCAACAGCAAGUGGUGGAGUUAAAAAAAAAACAACAACAAAAAAUCCUCCGUUUUUGAAUGGAAAUGAGUCCCUAAGUGAAAGCAGGCUAUUCCUCAGUUGGCAAUCACAGUGUCUUUUAACAGAUUCCCACCGACAGAGGCAAGAUAUACCCAGUGAGAAAGUGAGGAUGGAGGAGAAUAUACAGAGGGAGGAAAGAUUGGCGAGGAGCAGAAUAUAGUUUGACAAAGACAGAUGGAAAUGUGAGAGAAAGAGUGGGCUAUAGAGGGAGGUAAUGGGGAUGGUGGAGGAGGAGGACAAAGUGAAAUCUAAGGAAGACAGACAGACAGCGAGGCAUGCUGGUGCCGAUUUGGGGUGACGAGGGAGGAGUGCCGGAUUGUUUUCAGGGUAGACUGAUUCCCUAUCGGGACUUUGUAAGGUGUCAGGAGAGAUUAGUGAGCGUGAAGCUGGAGGGGAGAGGUUGCGAUAGCUUUAGAUUGGACAAGUGUCAAGGACUGGACAUUCCUGAGACCUGCCAGGAAUGGGAUGUGACACUGCUUGCCCUACCUUGAUCCUUAGAGGAUCAUUCAACAAGUUCAUCACUUAAACAGUAAUGUGAAUUAACUGUAUGUACUUUCACAGUGUAAUUGGUAACUACCAGCUUUGUAGAAAUAUCAAAAAUCUAUUUUCUGAAGGUUUCCAUUUAUUCAUUCAUCUAUUGAUUCAUUUUUGAGACAUUU